CGGGCGGCAAAGCGGAAAAGUCGGGAUAGUCGCAAAGAACUGGAAAAGCCGAGCGGAAAGUCCUUUUAAAACGGGGACCUCAAGUGCACAGGGAAACCGAAGAAACGCGAGUGCGGAAAAGCGUUGCAGUGGAAAUUGCGGACAGGCGGAAACCGCGUUUCGUUUACAUUGUCCGGGCAUCUCGAGUGUCUGAAUAUUUGAAAAAGGAUUCCAGCAUCGCAGCUGCAAAACCAAUUCUCGAGUGAGCCUUUAAAAACAGCAAAUUGAAAACGAAAUUAAAAAGACAAAAAAACGAAAUCGAAAACGCAUACCGCAUACCGUAGAAACAAAAAGCGAAAUGUGUCUCGGGAUAAUCGUCAUCGAAAUUGCAUUGCCAUUGCGACAUUAAAAUGCAAUUUGUGCGGGUGGCCGACUCCAGUUACUGUCAAACUGUUGCCUCUUUAGCGGAUUAAUAUUUCUGUAAAUACCACCAGUACCAAAGAAAAACGCUCUGAAAAACAGAAAAUUCAUCAGCAACAACACAGCCAAACAUGUCGACCAUAAAGCUGCUCAUUAUCGGUCACCUUUUGCUCUCGAUUGGCCUGAUCUCCGGCGACGAUUCGCUGGACACGCGUGAGGGAGUCGAUCUGGUGCUCAAGUGCCGCUUCACCGAGCAUUACGACUCGACCGACUUCACCUUCUACUGGGCGCGAUGGACUUGCUGUCCCACAUUGUUCGAGAACGUGGCCAUUGGCGAUGUGCAGCUCAACUCGAAUUAUCGCCUGGACUUUCGACCGGGUCGGGGAAUUUACGAUUUGCAAAUCAAGAAUACUUCGUACAAUCGGGAUAAUGGACGCUUUGAGUGCCGAAUCAAGGCGAAGGGAACUGGCGCGGACGUCCACCAGGAGUUCUACAAUCUGACCGUGCUGACGGCCCCGCAUCCCCCGAUGGUCACUCCGGGAAACUUGGCAGUGGCCACCGAGGAAAAGCCUCUGGAGUUGACCUGCAGCAGUAUAGGCGGCUCACCGGAUCCAAUGAUAACCUGGUACCGCGAGGGCAGCACAGUACCACUGCAGUCGUAUGCGCUGAAGGGCGGUUCGAAGAACCACUAUACCAACGCCACCCUGCAGAUUGUUCCCCGACGGGCCGACGAUGGCGCCAAGUACAAAUGCGUCGUCUGGAAUCGUGCCAUGCCCGAGGGUCAUAUGCUGGAGACCAGUGUCUCGCUGAAUGUCAACUACUACCCCCGCGUGGAGGUGGGACCCCAGAACCCUCUGCGCGUAGAACGCGAUCAUGUGGCGAAACUGGAGUGCCGAGUGGACGCCAAGCCGAUGGUCAGCAACGUGCGAUGGUCUCGAAAUGGUCAGUAUGUGAGCGCCACGCCCACUCACACCAUUUACAGGGUGAACCGUCAUCACGCCGGCAAAUACACCUGCAGUGCGGACAAUGGUCUGGGCAAAACUGGCGAAAAGGAUAUAGUCCUGGAUGUUCUGUAUCCCCCGAUAGUGAUGAUAGAGUCGAAGACCCACGAGGCGGAGGAGGGCGAAACCGUUCUGAUCCGCUGCAAUGUCACCGCAAAUCCUUCGCCCAUAAACAUUGAGUGGUUGAAGGAAGGAGCUCCGGAUUUCCGAUACACUGGCGAACUCUUAACCCUCGGCUCCGUGAGAGCCGAGCAUGCUGGCAACUAUAUCUGCAGAUCGGUGAAUAUCAUGCAACCGUUUAGCUCCAAGAGAGUGGAGGGUGUGGGCAACUCCACGGUGGCUCUACUAGUCCGACAUCGGCCGGGCCAGGCCUAUAUAACCCCUAAUAAACCUGUGGUUCAUGUGGGCAAUGGAGUGACCCUGACCUGCUCGGCAAACCCUCCCGGCUGGCCCGUUCCCCAGUACCGAUGGUUCCGGGAUAUGGACGGAGACAUAGGGAACACCCAGAAAAUCCUGGCUCAGGGUCCCCAGUACUCCAUACCCAAGGCUCAUCUGGGAAGCGAGGGGAAGUACCAUUGUCACGCGGUGAAUGAGUUAGGCAUUGGCAAGAUAGCCACCAUUAUUCUGGAGGUGCAUCAGCCACCCCAGUUCCUGGCCAAGCUGCAGCAACACAUGACGCGCCGAGUGGGCGAUGUGGAUUACGCGGUGACUUGCAGUGCUAAGGGAAAGCCCACACCCCAAAUCCGAUGGAUCAAGGAUGGCACGGAGAUCCUGCCCACGCGGAAGAUGUUCGACAUAAGAACCACGCCCACAGAAGCCGGUGGGGGCGUGGUGGCCGUCCAAAGUAUACUCCGAUUCAGGGGUAAGGCCAGGCCCAAUGGAAACCAGCUGCUGCCCAACGAUAGAGGCCUCUAUACAUGCCUCUAUGAAAACGACGUGAACUCGGCUAAUUCCUCUAUGCACCUGCGGAUAGAACACGAGCCCAUUAUCAUUCAUCAGUACAAUAAAGUGGCAUAUGAUCUGAGGGAGUCCGCAGAGGUGGUCUGCCGGGUUCAGGCCUAUCCGAAGCCCGAGUUUCAAUGGCAGUACGGAAACAAUCCCUCGCCCUUGACCAUGUCCUCGGAUGGCCACUAUGAGAUAAGUACGAGGAUGGAGAACAACGAUGUGUACACCUCUAUCCUGAGGAUAGCGCACUUGCAGCACUCCGACUACGGGGAGUACAUUUGCAGGGCUGUCAAUCCCUUGGACAGUAUCAGGGCUCCCAUAAGACUGCAGCCCAAGGGUUCCCCGGAGAAGCCCACGAACCUGAAGAUCCUUGAAGUGGGUCACAACUACGCCGUUCUAAACUGGACACCUGGGUUCAACGGUGGCUUCAUGAGCACCAAAUACCUGGUGAGCUACAGGAGAGUGGCCACACCUAGGGAACAGACCUUGGCCGACUGCUCGGGUCAUGGUUAUAUACCCAGUUAUCAGAUCAGCAGCUCUUCCAGUAGCUCCAACCACGAAUGGAUCGAGUUCAACUGCUUCAAGGAGAACCCCUGCAAGCUGGCACCCUUAGAUCAGCAUCAGAGCUACAUGUUCAAGGUCUACGCCCUGAACUCCAAGGGAACCUCGGGUUACUCGAAUGAGGUGUUGGCCACCACGAAGGUCAGCAAGAUUCCACCGCCCUUGCAUGUUAGCUACGACCCCAAUUCACAUGUGCUGGGCAUCAAUGUGGCCGCCACCUGUUUGUCCCUGAUCGCGGUGGUGGAGUCCCUGGUCACCCGGGACGCCACUGUGCCCAUGUGGGAGAUCGUCGAGACCCUGACCCUGCUGCCCUCGGGCAGUGAAACGACCUUCAAGGAGGCCGUCAUCAACCACGUGUCGCGCCCCGCCCACUACACCACCGCCACCACAUCGGGUAGGGGUCAGGGCGGUGUGGUGGGUGGAGUGGUGGGUGGUGGCACCCAUCUGGGCGAGGAUCGCACCAUGGCCUUGGCGGAGACAGCCGGUCCUGGUCCAGUGGUGCGAGUCAAACUCUGUCUGCGGUCCAACCACGAUCACUGCGGAGCAUAUGCCAAUGCGGAAAUUGGCAAGUCCUACAUGCCGCACAGCUCCUCCAUGACGACCUCAGCCUUGGUGGCCAUCACCAUCGCCUCGCUCUCCUUCCUCGUCUUCCUGGCCCUGCUCUACGCCUUUUGCCACUGCCGCAGGAGACACGCCUCCAAGAAAGAAAGUGGUUCGGCGGGAGGUGCGGCUGGGGGAGGAGGCACCGCCAACACCGCCACAAAUCCAGGAUCCGCGGGAGCCAAGGAGUACGACCUUGACUUGGACGCCAGUCGAAGACCCUCGCUGAGCCAGGAUCCCCAGCAGCAGCCACCGCCACCACCCCCCUACUACCCCACUGGAAGCCUGGACUCCAAGGACAUGGGCAACGGGAAUGGCGGGAGGGAACUCACCCUCACUGCCCUCCACGAUCCCGACGAGCAGCUGAAUAUGCAACAGCAGCAGCAGCCCCACAACAACCACGGCCAGUACCAACAGCCCAAAGCCAUCCUGGGCAUCUACGGUUCCAGCGGGUGCGGUUCCAGUUCCGGGGGCAAUGCGGGAUCCGGGGGACCACAGCAUCCACAUUCGAACGGCUACGGCUAUCAUGUGACAAGUGCCAUCGGCGUGGACAGCGACAGCUAUCAAGUGCUGCCCUCCGUUGCCAACUCAGCAGCCGGAUCCCACGGUCACGGCAAUGGACAUGGACACGGACACGGACUGGGAGCCGGAGAGUCAGGACCACUUGAGGCGACACCAGCAACAUGCAACAUCAGCGGCGGCAGCAGCAACAUUAACCCAUUGCAGCAGCAACAUUCAGCACGCGCCAAUUUAACGAACCAACCCACCAUCGCCAUCGCCAACAACUCCACCAACAAGAACAACUACAACAACAAAGUCAACAACAACUACAACAGCAGCACGAACACCACCACCAACAACACCAACAAUUGCACCGCCACCACCACCCUGAAGCGCAGCCAUUUGGGAAACAGAGAGCGGGAACGGGAUGCCAGGGAAAUGAGAUCCCUGGUGACCGCAGCCACUGCGGCAACAACAACAGCACUGGCAACCACCAUAACAACCACGUCUCGCAAUGCCAAGGCAGCAACAACAACAACAACACUAGCCAUCACAGGGUCAAGCAACAAUUCGAACGAGAACAGCUACAGCAACGCCAGGGACUUGUCGCAGGAGGCCUUGUGGCGCCUCCAAAUGGCCGCCGCCCAGUCGCAGCAGAUUUAUGUGGAGCGCCCGCCGUCGGCUUUCAGCGGCCUGGUCGACUACAGUAGCUACUCGCCGCAUAUCCCGACGGUCACCAGCUCGCUCAGCCAGCAGAGCUUCAGUCCCACGCAGCAGCUGGCGCCCCACGAAAUGCUGCAGGCCGCCCAGCGGUACGGAACCCUGCGGAAGUCCGGAAAACAGCCGCCGCUUCCGCCCCAGAGGAAGGAUCUGCCGCAGCAGGCGAAGCCGCAACAGCAAGUCGCGGAUAUAAUACAGGAUUUGGCAAAUUAAACUAAUUGCCAGUUAAGAGCAGCAACCCGCAACAAAACGGCAACAAAACACAUUUUGACAUAAGCAUUUCAGUAAGUAAACAGCAAAAAAGAAAUACAUACAUAAAAAAUUAAAACUUUUAGCUGUUUAAGUGGCGUAAAAAUUGCUGGCGAUGCAAGCAUAAAAAGCAAAUUAAGAGAAAACUUGCCUAUUUCGACCAAAAUCCAAAAAAUGCUGUACAUGUGAAAAAUCUACAGAACUACCAAAAAUGAGAGUAAGUUAAAAUACGUAUGUUAGAAAAUACCCAAAGAUAUACAAAAUUAAAUUAAUAUGCUUAGGGGUUUAUGUUUAUAAAAUAGAUAAUUAAAUAUUUUUUUAGUCCUGGGCAUUGAUGAAUUUUCCUGUUUUCACAUGAAAAAAAUAGUAAAAAAUUAUAUAACGCGUUAGAUUACCAGCUCUAUGUUUUUCCUGCGAAUUUCGAUUUCUUGACAAAGCGUUAAAAUUAAUAUUUAUAAUAGUUCAACUCAAAAGUAGUACAGCAAAUUCGUAAAAAUCCAAAUAUGAUUCUCAAAGCCACCACCCUUUAUUAUGCCCACCGCAUAUUUUAUUUAUAUUCAAAUAAUAUUUAAAUUUUCGAUUCUGUGGCCAAAAUAUUGAGGUCCAUGGUGACAAACUGCAAAAAUACCGCCAUGUUAUUCUGGUCAAAUCAUUGUUAAACCGACGGCCAAACACAAAAGCCACCUUUUGAGGUUUCUAUUGCCUUUUUUAGAGCCGUUCUGCAGAAUAUGGAAAUUGUGUUCGUUUAAAUCAAAUAAAGAGACAAAAUGUUCAUUUAAUUGCUUUCCACCCGGCCGGGCCAAAAUAAACCAAUGGCCAAUAAAAAUCAAACUUCGACACAAUGCGAAAAAAGGGGAAAGGUUGGCAAAGUUUUCGACUCCUCAUUAGCUUUUGUCUCCAUUGGGGCAUUAAAUUGGAACGAAUAUAUGUUUGCUCAACUCGACUAAUUGCGCUGCUAAUUUCAAUUGUUCGCAUUGUCGGCGGGCAAUAAUAAUGCAAAAAUUGUAAUUACAAAUUAACAAUUGGUCGUCUGGGUCCCUCGGUGACCUGAAAUUAGAUUGUGUAAAUUUGCAAAUUAAUUUGCCAUUGCACAAAGCCCUCGGUGCAACUCAGUUCGGCGAAAUCAGAGCACAAAAUAUCAAUUUAUUUACUGUUCCAUCUGUAAAUAGUAGACACGACACGGAGUCAUUUAAUUGCAGCUGCAACGGCAACCAAUUUUUAAACUCUACGCUGCCAGUCAACAGUCCAAGUGAGUUGCAUUUACAUUUAAACUAGAUACAAAAUAUUUACACAGCGACAUACAAAACCGCAAAAUAUGGAAAUUAAAAUAGGAAAACUAUCUUUUAGCAUAAAGAGAGCAAAUCUUCGAAAUAAAAUCAUAAUAGCCGGAACAGAGAAUAAUCAACAGACAGCAAAACGAAUUCAAUUUAAAUGUUAAGCUGCGGGGAGUUUCAGAAUGCUUUUGUUUUGCGAGCCAAAAUUGAGUGAAAAGUUCAUUACAGAUACUUUUUCGGUUGUUAUUUACUUUUCGCCUUCAUUCGUGAAAAGUGAUUACCGAAAAAUCAUCAGCCCAACUUUCACAAAACUUUCACCCGACUUGAGGGUGGAGUGAGGCGUUUAUAAAUAUUUAUUCGCUUGCCCUCUUUUUUGCACUCCGACAGUAAUAAAAUUUAUUAAAUUUGUAGCCAUCAAAACGGGUUGUAAACCAUUUAGAUGUACAGAUUUUUCGCUUGUUUCCCAAUUCAAAAUCCAACCCCUUAGCACUUACUGAUAUAGUGAAAAAAACCAAGCGAAACACAGAAUAUUUAAUUGCACAUAGAAGGGAAUCUUUAAUCCAAUACCUGUUCAGCUCCGUUAUGAAAUAUGCAAGUAAUAAAUCCACAUAAUUGAAGCAUUUAUUUUGGUGUUAGGCAAACAAAAAAAGGUAAUGUUAAAGAGAAAAGCAUCAGUAUUUUUUGGGAAUGUUUGCGCAACAAAUUAUGUAUGGAAAUCAAGUUAAAUAAACCAAUCGAAAUUUUUCAAUGAAAGUUGCGCGUGCAUAAACCUCUUCUAGCAAUGGAAAUUAAAUGUAUGAUUAAAUUUUAGGGAUAUUGUAUAUACAUAAACAGAGGAAACCAAAGAGUAUAGAAACACUAAGAAAAAAGUUAAAUUCGAAACAAAUAUGUUAAAAUAUGAUCAAUAUUAUAACAAAGAAAUAGUGUUAAGAAAAGGAUUUUUCCAAGUGUUCAUGUAACACUGAGUAAACAAAUUUAAAUUUGAAAUUAAAUUAUAAAAGACAUAAUUUUUAGUUCUACUCAAAAGUAUGUAUUAUAUAAAUUAACUUUAGAAUUUAGGUUUUUAAUUUAAUCCGCAAACUAAGUCAGACCACAAACGCAUUUCCAUUAUCCACCUAGAUAUAAACCAAAAUGUACUUGUAAUCCAAAACCAAAUGAGAUCAAAAUAGUCGAUAAUCCUUAGUCUAAGUCUGCAACUAUGUUAAACUGUCCAUUUUGUCAAUGUGCGUCUUAUAAUUUGAACUCAAACUAAAUGUAAACUAUUGAAAACUGUUCUCCAAAUGAAAACUGAGACAACUGAAAUGUUCGCGCCAGGCGUUUGUAACAUUUUACUGUCCUUUUUAUUGCAAAACCAAACAACAAUUAAACUAAUUUUAAUUGUAAACCUAGACCGUAACGAUAUACGAUAUUAUACAAUGUAAAACAGAAUAUACGAUAAUUAUAAAGUAAAUAAAAUGAAAAUUAAACCAAA